AUGAAGUUUCGUGCUGUAAUGGUAGAUCCUGGUCCCAUGCGAGAGUUAACACAUAUAGUGAACACAAUAUCAAAAUUAUCAAAGGAAUGUGUUUUAAGAUUGUCCGAUGACAAAAUAUAUUUCAUUGUGAGUGAAGAUAAUUCAGGGCCGACCCCUCCAGUGUUAUGGUGUGAAAUAUCACAAUCUAAUUUCUUUUCCGAAUACCAAAUGAUUGGUAUCGAUGAAGAUCAUAAAGAUAUAUAUCUGGGAAUUGUUUCCGCAAGCCUCGCGAAAUCAUUGGUUACAUUGAAGACGGCGAAGAUGUUGAAAAUAAAACUGACCAAAAAACAGUGUCCGUGUUUAACACUUGACAUUGAAAUGCCAUCAUCUAUAUCACAACAGACAAGACAAGUCUCUCAUGAUAUACCAGUUGUAGUUGUACCGAGGAAACUCUGGGGAGAGUUUAACGAGCCAAAAAUACCUCAGCCCGAUAUAUCAAUAGAAUUACCACCAUUGAAGCAACUACGGAAUACAAUUGAUAGAAUGAAGACGAUGUCUUCCGAUAUAAUUAUAUCGGCAUCUGCGGAGGGAAGACUUACAUUACAGAUUAAAACAGACACAGCUAAAGUAUCCACUCGAUUUAGAGGGUUAAACGUUGAGAGUUUUGAAGGUCCCAUAGAUCAUUCAGACUCGGAGACAGAAAGUCAAACAUGCGAAGAUAUAUCAAAAAUAUGUUCAUGUAGAAUAGAUGCUAAGAAAUUCUCAAUGUUUUUGAACGCUGAACAAAUAUCACACAAUAGAACAUUAUGCCACAUUAUACACAAAAGAUUAGUCGUCUUGCAGUUACAUACUAAAGAGAAUGUUGAUUUCCAGUGUUUUAUUAUGGGUAUUGUGUAUUAA